CGGCCCCGGGACGGACAGGGCCACGGGAUCGGACACGGCCCCCGGGACGGACAGCGCUCCCGGGGAGGGCACGGCCCCCGGGACGGAAACGGCCCCCGGGGCGGACGGGCAGCGCUCAGCCCGGCCCUGCCCCGGUAACGGCCCGCAGGGCGGUCCCCGAGCGGCCCUGCCCGGAGCCUCCCAGCCCCGCCGGUUCUCGUGGCUCUGCUCACGGCCCCUCCGGGCGUGUAACGGGGCGGAAAGGAGCGCGGGGAGGCGCUGCCUGCGGAGCCGCUUCACGGGGACGUUUCUGGGACGCGUGUGCUGGUGCGGAGAUCCCGGGAACGCGGGGAGCCCGGAGCCUGUGCGGAGCGGAGGGCCACGGCCCGGGGCUGGGCAUUGCCGGGCAAUGGAUUCUCCCUAUGCCAACGGAGCCUACAGCCCCCCGUACCCGCACUACGCCAGCCUGCCGCAGGCACGGGGCUUCUACUGCUCGGGGCCCCCACGCAGCCCCUACCCCCCGGAGCCCGCCGGCCUCUACCGGCCCCCGUCGCCCGCUCCCGCCUGGAGCUACGUCCCCCCGGAGUGUCCCCCCGAGGGCUCGGCCCUCCGCAGGCAGCAGGUCCCCGGCUACUCCCCGCCGCAGACCCCGGGAAUGCCGGUGCCUCAGUAUCAAUAUGGAGACAGCAGCGCAGGAGUCACAGGGCAGGGCCCGGUGCCGCAGCCCCGAGCCCUGGAGGACACGUGGGGCCCCCACUCUGGUUUUGGGGUGCAGCCUCGCUACGCCUGGCCCGCCUCGGGGCACGGCAGCCUCUACGUCUCGGAUUCACACCCGUCCUGGACCGGCAGUGGGGCUCCUUCCCACCCUCCCUCCUGGGAGGCACAGGGACAGGACUGUGUGUACGACAGACCUGAGCAAAGCCCCAGCCAGCACAGUUACUACUCUGAUGGCAACCAGCGGCACUCGGGGCCGGUGAACGAGCACAGGGUGGCCAAGCCUGCCCCGUGCCAGCCCCGGGUGCAGUACAGUGCCCAGCCCCAGCUCUACGACCUCGGCCCACGGAAGCCCAUGGCCAGGAGCCAGGAGCUGGGCUUCAAAGCUGCUGAGCAGCCUGCCACGCAUCCUGCAGCCCUGCAGCCGGAGAUCCAGAGGAUCCUCCACGUGAUGGGGGAGGCUGAACGGCUGGAGGAAGAGGUGGAUGAAUUUGUAGGGAAAAAGACAGAUAAAUCCUACCGGCUGCUGGAGGAGAUGUUGACCAAGCUGCUGCUGGAGCUGGAUUCCAUUGAGACUGGGGGCCAGGACAGUGUCCGGCAGGCCAGGAAAGAGUCUGUCCACAGAAUUCAGGCCAUACUGGAAAAACUGGAAAGAAAGGGAUUGUGAAAGCGCAUGAGCCACAACACACAGCCUGUUGUUGAGGUUCCAAAGAGUUCUCUUAAAUCUCAGCUCUUUCUGCUACGCACUAUUGACAAUGGAAUAGCAAUAAGCCCUGAGUUAACAAUCAAAUCAAACCCACCAAAAAGCCAGCUCAGAAGCCCAGCUCCUACAAACAACUCAGCAAAGGACAAACGGAGAGAGGUUUGAAGCAGCAAAAGUAUUUAAUGAAGAUGUUGAAGGAACUGGGCCAAGGAUGGAGCCCUGUGGGGUUGUGUACAGAGUUCCCCAGGCCAGGCCCAAUCUCUGGGUGCCUCCUACAGCCACAACCAGUCUUCAAACACUCGUCAGAUGUGCUGCAAUGUGCAGCCACCAACCAAGACUCUGGGCUUGUCCUCACUGCCUGUAAUUUCAGCUUCAGCUCCCUUGCCAUGAGCCCCGUGUUUCCUCAUAGGGGUUGUUUGGGUUUAGUGCACUCAAGGAGCAACACUGAAGUGCUGGAGGGAGGGACUGUGCUGGCACAUGUCACAUCGUGCUGUUCCUCCUGUGUGGUGCAGAGCCAGUGUGGGGUGUCCCUGUGGGCAUGGCAGCAGACUGGAAAUCCCUGUUCUGCCAUUGGAAAAGAGAAGCACAAGUCAAGGAAGGAACAGGGGCAGGAUGCUUGGAAAUGAUGUCCAGGUCACUCGGGUCAGAAUCCCCUGUUUCAUGUCCCUCUCCAUCCUGAGAGUUCUGUGUCCCACUGUGCAGCACCACGGGGAGAAAACAGCUCGGCCUGUUCCAGCCUCCUGGUUACCACCUGCACAGCACCUCACUGCUAUGUGUGACACCUAAUAAACCCUGACAAGUUUCAAAUGUUA